AUGGAUGACACCAUGUCGACCCUAACGAAAAUGACCCGCACGGUUAAGAAACUUGAAGUGCCUAGACCCUUGAAAUCAACCACCAGUUCCGCUCAUAAUCGCAACUCAGUAUUGGAUGUAAAAAUUAAUUCUGUUGAUGACCUAAUUGUUUUGACGGAAGCCGUGGCUUAUCAAAUGAUGCAAGGAAAUUUUGACCGUGCUCUUCAAAGUAAUGUUGCCACAAUGUACUCUAAUCUCAAGCUUUAUGGGGCUCAGCUCGAAGCGCUGUAUAAGGAUUUUCUUGACAGAUAUUUUGUUGUUUUCCGUAAUGGAUCUCAAGAUGAACGCCUCGAUAAGAAAACUCGUCUCCAUUUACUGGAACUAAUAGAGUUGCGCGCUAAACACUGGCAGGGUUCAGACUACAUGAGUCAGUAUUAUAGACAUCGUGGGACACAUGCGGAGCCGCUGCUGGUGCCCACUAUGGAGGGGUCAGGGUCUGGAGGCGCGGCGUCCCCUACGCUGGCUGCGCCCGCCGAGCCGCCCACACUGCUGGCCCCCGGCGAACUCAUCAAACCAUCGGGCAAGUUCCCCAAGCCAACCAAGAUCCCCGGCAAGAACUACUCCAAGGAUGAGGUCGUCAUUCGCAAUGCUGACUCUGGAAAAGUGAUGGGUAUCAAGGGCAGGCGUGUGCACAUGAUUGAGGAGCUAAGUGAUACCAUUAUAUCAUUUCAGAGAGUGAGUCCCGGGGCGAAAGAGCGUCUGGUGCAAAUCACUGGGCCGAAUGAGGAGAAUGUUAAUCAUGCAAAGCACCUGAUAGGCGACACCAUCCGUCGCAACGCGUCUCCUGUCCGGCUCGAGGGUACUCUGGAAAAUAGAGCUCCUUCCCGCGCUUCUAUAGACUCUAACGGAUCAGACGACGCGCGACCCAGGGAGAAGUCCCCUCACAAUGGCAACAGAACUCUACUCCAUAGCUUCUCAACGAAUGACGCGGCUUUGGGAGAAUACAAAUAUACCGUCACGUUUGGUCAACAUUCCAUCAAAAUCACCGGGAACAAUCUGGAUCUGGUCAAGACGGCAAAGCUGGUGUUGGACGAGUAUUUCGAGAGUGCGGGUGCGUUGGAGGCGAUGGGGCUCGGGUCGGGGGACUUCUUCACUCUGUCCCAGAGACCGGCCGCCGCGCUGCUGCUGAGAGAUGACGCGGCGCUCAACGGGGCCGACGAUGACGUGUUCGAUACGGACCCAAGGACCGAAGAAGCCACUGUGGACGAGAGCGAGGCCGUGCCACGUCGCCCGCGUUUCUCGCGCGCCACCUCUACAGACAAGGGCGCAGGAGGGGGCGCUCGGCAGACGUACUCGUACGAGACGCUGGUGCAGUACGCGGACUCGCCGCUCAGCAAGCUGCCGCCGGCCGGGCUGGCCGCCUUCCCGCCCGAGCUGGCGCGCAAGGUAACGCUGUCGGGCCCGCGCCGCGCGCCGCCUCCCGCGCCGCAGCCCGCGCCCUGCCGCCUCUGGCCGCCGCUGCACCACCCCAACUACUUGGCGGCUCUCCUCUGCCGCAACUUCUACUAG